AUGGUACCACACAUUGUCUUUAUUCUUGCCUUCCUGUACGGCGCCCAGCUCAACUCAGGUCAGUCUUCCAGCGGCGGCGGCAGCAGCAGCAGAAGUCACGAAUUUCUGUCGCCGAGCCGACCAGAGGCUCGAGGUACCACCGUCUCCUUCGUGAUUGACGAGGAGCUACCCGUCGGUUCACGCAUUGGCAGUCUGGUCGAGAGGCUGAGCUCAAGUCAGCAUUCCAUUCGACAUCCAAUGCUCGAGGAGGCAGCUGCCGCCGCCAUGGAGACGGGAGUGAACUUUAUUCCUUUGACAGAUGAACGACUGGUGCUGCUGAAUCGCACCAGCGGUCUCCUGACGGUUCGUCAGCGUAUCGACAGGGAGGCCCUCU